AGAAGCGAACGCGGGAGCCCGGUGCGCGGGCGCGCGCUCUCCGCAGACUGGUUGAGCGAGCGGGAGAGGUCCGGGGCACGUGCAGACGGGAGCCCCGCGAGUGGCGCGCCGGGGAUGUGAGUGCCCCUUGCCCUCUACGGCACCUAGCCCCCUCCCCGCCCACUGCCUCCGCUUUUGCAUUUUUACAGUAAUCCGACCGGGCGCGCGCCCCUCCUCCCGUCAGCCAGCGAAAGAGGCCGUUUGGAUCCCGGUCAGCCUGACUGCGUUGGCCCCGUUUCCGGCCGAUCGGUUAGAGAGGCCCGCCGCGCCCCCUCGGCCCGCGCGCCUGUAGCGGCAGCGGAAGAGGCGCCCGCGCCGCGCAGUUUUCCGGAGGGGCCGCCGCGCGCCCGCUUCCUGUUCGGCUGCGUCCAGCCAGCUCGAGGACAAAACACGCGUGCGCGCGCCGGACGGCAGGGCGCGCUCGCCGCCUCAGUCACCCGCGCUGGGCGCAGUCCGCCUUUUUCCGGAGCAGCGCGGCCCCGGUGCCAAUCGAUAGCAGCAGCUCCGCACUGGGGGACCGAGGGCGGAAAAAGGCGGGGUUGACGGCUCUUUGCUGGGAGUGGGCUGGACCGGACGCCAGAGACAAAGGCUCUCAAGGCAAGAGGGGCUGUGACGCUGCUCGGGAUUUUUGGCCCAGGACUUUUCGCCCCUUCGUUUUUCUCUUCUGACGCUCUUUUCCCAAGCCCGCGUCCCCUCACCCGCGACCUCGCUCCUCAGCGGAAGGGCCGCGAUGGAGGUCCCGCCCCGGCUUUCCCAUGUGCCGCCGCCAUUGUUCCCCUCCGCUCCCGCUACUUUAGCCUCCCGCAGCCUCUCCCAUUGGCGGCCGAGGGCGCCGCGGCAGCUCGCCCCGCUCCUCCCUUCGCUUGCUCCCAGCUCCGCCCGGCAGGGGACGCGCCGGGCCCAGCGCCACGUCACCGCCCAGCAGCCCUCCCGAUUGGCGGGCGGGGCGGCUAUAAAGGGAGGGCGCAGGCGGCGCCCGGAUCUCUUCCGCCGCCAUUUUAAAUCCAGCUCCAUACAACGUUCUGCCGCCGCUGCUUCCGCGACACGGAUUGCGCGCCAGCGCCUCCCGGCCGACAACUCAGCCGCUAUGGAAGACAUGAACGAGUAUAGCAACAUAGAGGAAUUCGCAGAGGGAUCCAAGAUCAACGCGAGCAAGAAUCAGCAGGAUGACGGUAAAAUGUUUAUUGGAGGCUUGAGCUGGGAUACAAGCAAGAAAGAUCUGACUGAAUAUUUGUCUCGAUUUGGGGAAGUUGUAGACUGCACAAUUAAAACAGAUCCAGUCACUGGAAGAUCAAGAGGAUUUGGAUUUGUGCUUUUCAAAGAUGCUGCUAGUGUUGAUAAGGUUUUGGAAAUGAAAGAACACAAGCUGGAUGGCAAAUUGAUAGACCCUAAAAGAGCCAAAGCUUUAAAAGGGAAGGAACCCCCUAAAAAGGUUUUUGUGGGUGGAUUGAGCCCAGAUACUUCAGAAGAACAAAUUAAAGAAUAUUUUGGAGCCUUUGGAGAGAUUGAAAAUAUUGAACUUCCCAUGGAUACAAAAACAAAUGAAAGAAGAGGAUUUUGUUUUAUUACGUAUACAGAUGAAGAGCCAGUAAAGAAAUUGUUAGAAAGCAGAUAUCAUCAAAUUGGUUCUGGGAAGGCCAACAGAGCACUUACGGCAAGGCAUCUCGAGGGGGUGGCAAUCACCAAAAUAAUUACCAGCCAUACUAAAAGGGGACGUUGGAGAAAACAGCGGGAACUUCAUUGCAGGCCGUGUGUCACCCUGACCACGUCUAUCUCUGGGGGUCGCACGUUGCGGGCAGAGCGCAAGGCAUACACCAGAAAACGCUGUCCUGUGGAAGAGAUUGCUAAAGUAACCCAUCUUGCAGGACGACAGUGAAGAUUGGUCUUCUGUUGAUCUAAGAUGAUUAUUUUGUAAAAGACUUUCUAGUGUACAAGACACAACUGUGUCCAACUGUAUAUAGCCGCCAAUUAGUUUUUGUUUUUACCUUGUCUUUUGCUAUCUGUGUUAUGACUCGACGUGGAUUUGUGUUUAUACAAAUUUUAUUUGUAUGAUUUCAUGUUAAACCUCAAAUAAAUGCUUCCUUCUGUGAUUGUUUUUCUGCGUCAGGUACUAAAUAGCUCUGUAAAAGUGUAAUUUUAAAUAAGCAAUAAUUAAGGCACAGUUUACUUUGUAGGGAGUGUUGAUCCAUAGGGAGAACCUGGUCCUUUACGAAGAGCCAGCUACAGUGUCUGCUCUGUUCUCUUUUGUUAGAUGUGUUCUGUGUUCUAAGGCUUCAUUUCCCUGUUAACUGAGGCUUCCACGUACCUUUAAGUCAUGUUGUUUUCUCUCUAUAUCUGGAGACUUUGUCAUGAAAGUUUCUGUGGCAUAGUUAUAGUGUUGUGAUGAGUGGAAGCUUUCUAGUAGACCGUAAGUCUUCUGGUUAUAUUUUGAAAAGUAAUUUUUUAAUGGCACAAAGCAUGCUGGUAGCUCCUUUUAUGGAUAGAAAAUAUUUUGCUUUGUUCUUGUCUCUGGAAAGGCAUUUGUUAUGACUUGCUGUAUUCAGUGGUCUGCUAGAAAAGAGCUUUGGCUAAUCAUAAUACCAUAACUUUGUUUUCUUGAUUUAACUGUCUAAAUAUACCCAGGGGAAAAAACACUUGAACUGUGUUAUAGGAGCCACAGUUUAAGAAUAUCAGAUGUAGUUACAUUUAACACAAGGAUUUUGGCAAAUAGGUAUGAAGUUACUAAAGUUUGAACAAAAGUUAGAUUAAAAUAUUCGACGUAGUGGAUGAGUAAAUUAAUUGUAUACUAUUCUGUUGGUAUUAUGUCACAGCAAGCACCAAACUGAACAAAAUGUUUUCUGUUGGGGCAUUUUUAGGAAGCUGUAUUGGGUGUUAACUGUUAUGUGAUGUGAGUUCUUAGAAAAAAUCAUGGUAGUAAGUUUCAUCAUUUUUAGCGCAGUUAGUGCAUGAGCUGAAUAGUUAAGCAUAUCCAUGUUCAAACGUAAAAGGAAUAGUGGGGAAAGGUAUCCCUUAAAUCUUAUGUAAAUGCAAAUCUAAGUGUGACCAAGUCACGUCAUUACAACAGAUCUUCUGGUGCAUUAAAAAAAAAACAGCUUUAGCUCUAGAUUUUGGAGGAUGUCCUGGGUACAUUCAAGUUUUGAAUUUUACAUUCAGUGUAGUUGUUGAAUUUAAGGUUUUUGUUUUUGUUUCUGUGGUUCCAUGCUAGCCAUUAGGAUUGGCAUACAUGUUCACAUGUGGAAAAUUGACCUCACCUUCAACCAAGUGUAAAUUUUUUUAUGCUAAUGAACCUGCCUUGUUUUAUUUGGUGCCUGCAACUUUCUUUGUUCCGAUGAUGUUUGUACUUGCUGGGCUAUCAAGUUACAAUGCUUUUGGCGUUUUGCUCCUGUUUUGCUAUUUGACCUUACACCUAGGCCAAGUACCAGUGCUGGCUAUUGCAAGGGAUUGUUUGAUUCUUUCAACAUGCAACCUUAGGGAACAGAAAGGAGAUUUUCAUUUUAAGUUAUGUAAAAGUCAGGUGCAGUGUCUUUAGGGCAGUGAAUCCUGUAAGUUCAAAUUUAUGAUUAGGUGACAAGUUGACAUUGAGAUUGUCCUUUCCCUGAUCAAAAAUGAAUAAAGGCUUUUUAAACAAAAUCCAAACUCUUCAGUCAAGUCUUGAUAUAUAUGACUUUGAAGAAAUACACUACGUCUAGAGAUUAUUGUCUGAGAUCUUUUAGAAAAACUGAAGUACUUAACAAACAUAAUUAACCUGUAUAUUCUUAAAUAUGCUUCCUGAGUUGUUUUGAGCAAGUUCUAUGUGUUGCUACUUAACCUUGAAAGAAACCUAAUUAGCAGUUUUGUUGAUUAACACGUUAGUAUUCUGUAAUCUGAUGGCUGCAUUUACAAGAUUAGGGAUUAAGAGUUAAAAUGUCAUUGGGAUACUAACAUGGAUAAGCAGAGCAUUUAUUUCAUUCUCUUCCAUGCAUCUUUUUCAUAAUGGUGACAGUAACUGGACCCUUUUGCUAAUCUUAUAAAUUUCAAUACAAAGAAACCUGAGAAAUUAAUUGCUAUAGGUUGCAAGUAUUUGAUAGGAUGUCCACCACAGGAUACUACGUUUCACUGAUUUAAAAAGGUGAUUCAAGGACACUGCAAUUAUCAUUGAAUUUUUAAAUGUCAUUUUAUAUAAACUGCAAUUUUUAGUUAC